AUGGAAUCUUCUAAAAUAAAUAAGAAAUCGAAGUCAUCAUGGCUUUGUGGAACAAAGAAAAAUUUGUCGGAAAUUGAAGAUGAAAUCGUCCAAGAAGCUGACGAUUAUUUGCAGUCACUUGUCAGCUCGAAAACCUUCAGUGGUUCAGUGCUACUCGCUCGAGAUAAUGAAAUCAUACUUAUCAAAGGUUAUGGCUGUGCAGAAUAUAUACUCCAAGAGAAAAACACUAGUCAAACAAUCUUUCGUACUGGUAGUGUGACAAAGCCAUUUACGGCAGUCAUUAUUCUUCAGUUAAUCGAAAGAAAGUUAUUGAAACUCAACGAUAAAUUAUUAUUAUUCUAUCCAGAUUAUCCACAUGGGAAUGAAAUCACAGUCAAACAUUUACUUUCGCAUACAUCUGGUAUCGAAAACUAUACUGACAUGGAAAGUUUUGAGAACAUGUGCACGAAAAGUUUAACUAUUGAUCAAUUGAUUGACGUCUUCAAGAAUGAACCAUUAACGUCUAAACCCGGAUCAAAAUACAAUUAUUCAAAUUCAAAUUAUAUUUUACUAGGUUUAAUUAUCGAAAAAGUGACAGGAAAGUCGUAUGAAACAAAUCUUCGCGAGUUAAUUCUCGAACCAUGCCAUAUGAAUGAUACAGGUUAUGAAUGCGAUUGCAUUGACAUAUCAUCCAUAAAACAGAAUAGACGAGCAUGUGGUUAUAUUUGUAAUACGGAUUCGAAUGGAUUUGAAACAUGCCGUUUUAUUGAUAUGUCAACAGCUCGGAGUGCUGGAGGUAUUUACUCGACAGUAGAAGAUUUGUAUCGAUUUGAUAAAGCUUUGUAUGGAGAGAAGCUAUUGAAAAAUCGAACGAAGAAACUUAUGUUCAAACCUGUUCGAGAACACUAUGCACUUGGUUGGGAAGUUCAUCGAUUAAAACAUCGAGGAAUCAAACAGCAGCAUACUGGUCAAAUUUUUGGUUUUGAAAGCUGUUUAGUUCGUUUUCCUGAUGAUCAUGCGUCUAUUAUAAUCUUAAGUAAUCUCGAACAAACGUCGGUCGAAAGUCUUAUUGAAGAUUUAACUGAUAUUUUAUUUCAAACGAAUAAGUAA